AAACAAUUACAAGAUCACAAGAAACAAGAAAUAUCCACGAUUGUCUGAUGACUGUGAAGAAGGAGGAGCUGCUGAACCAGAGGAACCAACUGAGAGAACAACUGGAGGAUGUAGAAACUCAGAGAGAGAAGAACAAGGAGAAGCUGCAGACGGUGGAGAAGGAGAUAACGAAGAGAGAGAUGGUGUUUGACAAACCUGAAGAAUUACUGAUUCUGUUAAAGGAGCAAUGGAAACUGGACCAGAUGAAGAAAGAGAGUGAGAAACAGCUGCUGGACAGAGAGCAAGUAUUGGAGAUGACAGAGAAUAAGCUUUAUGACAACAGUGAAGGCACAUGAUUGACAGAAGAUACAGAUAAAUAUUAAAAACCUCAAACUCCAAACCAACAGUGGACUUUGGUUUCCAUUAUCUGUAUCCCGCAUUUAGUAAAUAUUAGUAAAUUAUCAAUAAAUAGUUUUAAAAGUAAACAUAAAUUAUUUACUUAGUUCAACACACAUUUUCACUUUCACAGUAAAAUCAGGUUCACUACAGACACAUACUGAGACCUGAAUGACACAGUAGAAACCUUUUGAUAACAAAUGCUUGAUGGCUCCUCCAGUAACAACUUACAGCCAAAAGCCACAGCAUCUCAUCAUUAUAUCAUAACAUGUUAGAGUAAUGAUUCACCAACCUACUAAUUAUUAAAUGAUGUGGAGCAGAUUUUAUCUUUUAUGUUUCUGUUACAUAUGAACCUGUUCAAAGUUCAACACAUAUUAUUCUUUGAGGACUUUGACCUCAUUCAGUGAUACUGAGAGACAUCGCACAAACAGGUACGAAGACCCUCAAAUAUGAACUAUUGUACUUAAUUCUUUACACAUGAAGUUACACAUAAUGACUGUCAGUAUAUUAUGAUACUGCAUCUGUGUGUUUCCGUUCUACAGUAGGACAUGAGGAUGCAGAAUAUACAGAGAGUUCAGAUUUGUAAAAUUGUCUUCGUACUAGUUCUGCUGCCAACACUAAUUCAACUUUAUGGAGCGUCUGCCUCUUCACCAGCUCAGGAUCCAGCUGGUUCCCAAACCAGUUCUUCAUGUGACUCAUCUAUUCCCAUGGCUGUCGGUGCUGCAGUUGGAGGCCUGGUUGUCGGUGCCGUCAUUGGUGCCGUUGGUGCCGUCAUUGUUUUCAGAAAAUCAAAUCGUGAAAACAGGAAUUCUAUUACAAACAUGCAAGAAACACUUACAAACAUGCAAGAAACACUACAGAGGAACCAUGAAUGUCUGAUGACUGUGAAGGAGGAGCUGCUGAACCAGAGGAACCAACUGAGAGAACAACUGGAGGAUGUAGAAACUCAGAGAGAGAAGAACAAGGAGAAGCUGCAGACGGUGGAGAAGGAGAUAACGAAGAGAGAGAUGGUGUUUGACAAUCCUAAAGAAUUACUGAGAGAGAAAGAAAAUGUGUUAAAGGAACAAUGGAAACUGGACCAGAUGAAGAAAGACAUUGAGAAACAGCAGCUGAACAAAGAGAAACUACUGGAGAUGAUAGAGAAUCAGCCAGAAAACAACAGACAGAACAUCUUUGACAACAGAGACGGUAGAAUGCUGGUAUAGACUUAACAAAGCAGAUCACCACAAUAACAGAAGCCACAGAAGAUGAACCAACGGAUGUUUGUCAUUUGACUUUAGACCUGUUAAUAAAAUAAACUAGAAAAAUAAUAAUCUAAAUCAGAAUAUUAAAAUGUAAAUGAUUAAUAUAAUAAUUAAAGUGCUACUUCACUGAAAAGGAAGUUGUAUAAUGAAAAUGUCACACACACACAGUGACAGAAAUGGUUUGCGCUGGGACAGACCAACACUGGCUGUGUGACAGAGUGCAGAGGGGGCAGAUGCCACCAAACUAACCUGCACCUGUGGUGACUGCACAAGACCGCUCUACUGGAACAAGCCAGGCUUGCUUUUUGUUUUGACAGAAAAUGUCUGAAUUGAGUUAAAUUACUGUAAAAUUAACUGUUUGUGUUCAAUCAAAACAAUUGCUUUGUGCUGGUACUAAUGUUUCUGUAAUGUAAACAUGAACUACAGCAACAUCAUUAUUCCAACAUGAUUUCUUUUCAUUCCAACAUAAUAACAUAAUAAUAAAUAUACCAUUAUGUGUUUUUAA